AUGGAUGAUUGUAAUGUUUAUUUUCAUCCACUUAUUUCAUUUGUGCAAAAAAUGGUUUUAUACGAAACGAAAACGAUGUUUUAUCUUAUAGGUUCUAAUAAUUCAUUAACAAGGUUUAGAGUGCUUAAAAUUGAUAGGACAAAUCCUAGAGAUUUGAUAAUAACAGAUGAUAAAAAAGAAUAUACACAAAAUGAAAUUCAUCGUUUACUCGAAAAAAUUGAUGUUUCCAAUAAAGUGCAAUCGAAAAGUAGUGCCAUUGGGAAAAUUGUAUCUGCCUUUGGUAUUGUAGGUUUUAUAAGAUUUUUAGAAGGAUACUAUAUAAUAUUAGUUACCAAGAGGCAAAAAGUCGCUAUCGUAGGUCAUCACAGUAUUUAUAAAAUUAAAGAUACUGCAAUGAUAUACAUUCCAGCAGAAGGAAGAAAGAAUAAUCCGGAAGAACAAAAAUAUGUAAAAAUGUUUCAAAAUAUUGACUUAUCCAGUAAUUUUUAUUUCAGUUACAGUUACGAUUUAACUCAUUCUUUGCAAAUCAAUAUGUCUCCUCCGAAAGAUUUUCCCUUGAACGUUUUUACAAAUAAUACGACAACAUAUCAAAAACAUUUUAUGAAAAAUUCAAACAAAUGUAAAGAUGUUAAACAAUUUGAUCAGUUUCAAGAGAAUAGACAUGCUCUUCAUUUUGGUGUUAGAUCUUCACCGAAUGAAAGAUUCGUUUGGAAUUGGCACCUACUGAGACCAAUAAUUAAUCUUUUGCAUUUAGACUGGAUAUUAUAUAUUACUCAUGGUUUUGUGGACCAAUCGAAUAUAUCAGUUUAUGGACGUAGUCUUUAUUUAACAUUGAUCGCUAGAAGAUCUAAUAGAUAUGCAGGCACAAGAUUUUUAAAAAGAGGUGCUAAUUUUGAGGGAGAUGUAGCUAACGAAGUGGAGACUGAACAAAUGGUUCACGACGCUAGUAUUUCAUCAUAUAAAAAUGGAAAUUUUAGUUCUUUUGUUCAAAUGAGAGGAUCCAUUCCAGGACACUGGAGUCAAGACGUUUCGAAAAUGAAAAAAAAACACGAAUCGGUAUUAAGUAAAGAAUUCAACACGUCGAUUAGAUAUUUAAAUCAAUUUCUUCCUCCCAAGCACGCCAUUAAAUAUCAUUCUUUUGAUAUGGCUCGAAUGAAUAAGAAAAAAGACGAAAACGUCAUACAGAGACUGACCGAAAUAGCUAAAAUUAGAAUAAUGCAAACCGGGAUAUUCAUAACGAAACCCGUUGUUUCCAUAGGUUCGAAUUCGAAUUCGAAACCGGGAUUAACCAAAUAUCAAACCGGGAUAAUCCGUGUGAAUUGUGUCGAUUGUCUCGAUCGUACGAACACAGCACAAUUCGCAUUGGGAAAAUGUGCUUUGGGGUAUCAGCUUUACGGUUUAGGAGUUCUUCAUAAUCCAGUUUUAGAAUUUGAUUCCGAUUGCGUUAGAAUGUUGGAAGCACUGUACGAGGAUCACGGUGAUACGUUAGCCCUGCAAUAUGGAGGCUCUCAACUUGUUCAUCGUAUAAAAACAUAUAGGAAAACAGCACCCUGGACUUCUCAGGGAAACGACAUAAUGCAAACUCUGAGCCGUUACUACAGCAAUACAUUUUCAGAUUCGGAAAAGCAAAAUACAAUUAAUUUAUUUUUAGGUUUAUUUGUACCUGAUGAAAAGGGACCUCAUAUUUGGGAAAUAACUUCCGAUUAUUACAUUCAUCAUUCGUUGGCGAUACAGAAAAAAGAAAAACGUCUUUACCCGCUCACCCAAUGGUGGGAUCCAGAAAUCUUACAUUUUCUUCCACGAUCGUAUGAAGAAAUGACUAAAAAAAGUACGGAACUCACGGCGGUAUGUCCUAACGAAGAAAGCGUGGACGGUUUCUUAGAUUAUCACAGACCAUAUGAAUUAACGUACCUGAAUGAAACAUUUUCAUCCGAAAUAAGUCACUCCGUUAGAGACUUUAUGCCGAAUUCAACUUCUAACGUUAGUCCUUUCGAAGUACGAAUCAGACCGGGAAGACGAUGGGAAGAAACCGGUGCGAAAACAUCAAUGAAAAAUCCUUCUCUCACGGGUCAAAGUUCAACGAGUUCGACAACAUCAAGCGGUUCUAGCGCUUCGUCUGACAGCGAUGAUUCUUGUUCUAUAGACGAAGAAUUCACACCGGAAUCUCAGGGCUCUCUAAAUGACGAUAAAUCUUCCAACGAAGUAACAAAUUUCGAAAAAUUAUUUCCAACCAUGAAAGAAGUUUACGGAGUCGAACCUGAAGAGCCUAAGAAAAACAUCGGCCUGUACAAAAGAUAUGUUUUUCUCUAUUACAAUUCGAUCAAAAAUAUUAAUUCAACCAUUCUUAACAGUAAUCAUUUAUUUUAUAAUAAUACAAUAUCAAAUGAUGAUUGCUAUCGAGUUGAAGUACCGAGUGUGCCCCAAAAAUCCAUAGACAAAUAUGAACAAUAUAUAAAAAGUGGAUUCAUGGGAGCUUCUGCUCCUUUGCCGGGAGAUUUGAAAAUUUAUGAAGAAUAUGCUGCUCAAAUAAGAAUAAAAUAA